GUUGUUCUUUGCUUUGUGAUAGGAUUUUAAUGGUGGUAUAAUUUUAUUCGAGUUUCUUUUAGGGAAUGUGGAAUUAGCUGGGAAAUAAAAAGAUAAUUAUUGAAAAAUGUUCCAAAGAGGUGAAUUAGUUUGGGGUAAAUUGAAUUCAUAUCCUUGGUGGCCAUCAAUAGUUAUAGAUGCAAAUGACUGUGGUUGUGAUGCUACAGAAAACAAACAGUGGCUGUUCUGGCUUGGUGAUCAUAAAAUAUCUGAAGUUGACUGUGAAAGAGUUGUUGAGUUUAAGAAAUGUUUUCAUAAAAAUUUCCUUCCAAAUUCAGGGAAAUAUAUGAAGCGUGCCAUUCAAGAAGCAUUAAAAAUAUUAGCUGAUCAUUUUGAAAUUACUGUUUCUGAUGAACCAUCAUUAUUGAAAUGGGCAAAAUCUGGUUUCAAAACUAGUGUGAAAUGUGUGAAGGAAUAUGAAAUACCAACAUUUGCAAAAGAAGCGCUGCAGACUUUCAAGUUGAAGAAUUUGAAAAGAAAGAUCAUUGAUGAUGAUGAUGAUAGCGAUACAGAUUGUGAUUCCGUUAUUGUUGAUGUACGCAACGGAUUGAAAAAACUUGAAGAUGUCUGCAUAAGUUGUUGUAAGUCUGGAAGCAAAAUUAUCAGAAGCCAUCCUUUAUUUGUUGGUGGUCUUUGCCAGCAGUGUAAGAAAGCUGUUUAUAAAAUAUGCAAAAAACCAUGUGGUCAAGCCAGGAAAAGGGAAUUGGAUCAAAGUUUAGCAAAUAACAUUCACAGGAAUCCCAAAAGCCAAGAGCUAAGGUCCAUCCCUCAUCAGUUUGCUCUCCGGGCUCCCACCCCUCCAAAUAAAGCAUAUAAAGUUUAUACUGAUUCCAAGACAGGUGCCAUGCCCCUGGUUUCAGACUGGGCAGUCAUGGCCUCUCGUUGUCCCUGGCAGCUGGCUCUGGGUCCAGUUAAGUUGGAUUUCUGUAUUGUAUGUGGAAUUGGUGGAAGUUUAGUUUACUGUAGCAGUAAUAUUUGUUUAAGGGCAUAUUGUAAAGUUUGCAUUGAUUAUAUGGCUUCAAAAGAUGCUUAUGACAAAAUUCUGAAAAAUGAUAGUUGGCUUUGCUAUGUGUGUGAAACUGAUGACAGCUCUUACUGUCUGAUUAAAAGAAAGGAAACAAACUUGGAGGUGCCUGCUUCUCCUCCUCUUCCUGAAGACAAGCAUGCAAUAAGAGUAAUUUCACAUAAUUAUAUAGGCUUGAAUGUGUUAAAGAAAGCCAAGAUAAAAGUAUCUAAAUACUGUGUUGAUCCUUCAGAAGGAGAUUUGCCUUCCAAUGCCAAGUAUUGUAAAAACUAUAUGGAUUUUUCUGAUGUAGAGUUGAAAGAGAUUUCUGCUGAUUUAGUAAUUGGUGCAUAUUUUGUUCCUUCAAACCUGAAAGGAGACAGACGGGAAUGCAUUUCAUCGUUUUUUGUUACAUUCUUCAGAUUUAUGUUUAGAUUAGACACGUCCAAACUAAUAAAACCAUAUGUGCGUUUCGUCUUUGUUGCUGAAGCUGAUGUGAUUGACGAAAAUGUUUUGUCACAUGUAUUGCGUUAUGUUUUGGUGGACUCGGUUACUAUCAAAUUUGAUGAGAAAAAGUAUUUCAUAUGGAGUAAUAUUAUUGGUGUUGGCAAAAUGAAAGGUCGUGUUGUAAAUCAAGGUUUUAAAGACAGUAACUCAAUUGAAGAAGAAGUGCUGUCCAGGGUUAUCAAACCUCUGAAACGCCAUUUUGAAAGUGAAGCCAAUGAAAGCACUUAAUUCCUAGAAAUUGCCAAAAAGAACUUGUAUUUAUGUAUUUUUCCACAUCUACAAUGUAUGUGAUUAAAGCCAUCUUUCAGAAAAAUUCUUUCUUUGAUUUUUCUUUGAAGUAUAUAAUUUUACAUAUAAGAUAUACAAAUGUUCCUAUAUGUAAUUGAUGGAGUUUUUUUUAACCUCUUACGAUAUAUAAGAAAAUUCUUUUAUUUACUUUUCAUAUUUUAUGAAACUCAUGUUUGAUUCAUGUAAUUGAAUGUGACUGUGUAUGAAAGUUGUACACAUUUUUUCUUUUUUCUAACAAUGUCAGUAAAAUAUUUUAAUAAUCAUUCUUCUCUUCACAAAGUCAUUAUCUUGAUUAGAAAAUACUUUUAUACUUUAUUCUUAAAAACUUUUACUAUAUGAUAAAAGCUGAUUUAUCAGAUCAACUUUUUAUGCAUAGAAUUUUUUUCAUAUCCACAUGAAUGCUUUUUUAUGAAAUAAUACCACCGAUAUUGUUUGUCAAAAUUAUCGGUGUUUCUCGAUUCCGUUAUUUCUCAAAAUGAAGUGUAUUAAUAGAUGCAUAUAUUUAGCAUAAUCAUGUUAAGUAUCUUUUUGUUUUUCAUGUAACUUUAAUAUGUAAUGAACAAUAUCUUCUAUUUGAAGAAUGAUAGUUGGGAAAAUAAAAAUGUUCAUAUUUGAAAACUUAUAUAAAAGUAUUUUUGUAUUUAGUGUUUGCUUUUGAUAUUGUUCCCUUUUUUUGAUUAAAAUUAAUUUUAUUGUUUUACUCCUUCAAAAAGUGCUAAAACUUUAAGUUUUGUUUAGACCCAUAUUAAUUUAUGUUAUAAGGUGCAAGUUCUAUUUAUUUGUAUCUUAUUACGAAAACAUAACAGUUGUACUUUAUAAAAUUUGUUAAGUAUUAUUAUUAUUUAUGUAUUUUGGAAAAAAAAAUAUGUAUUAUUUGCACAAAAGAUAAAGGCAAAUAGAAAAUAACCAAUGUUAAUUGCUAAAGAUGCAUGUUGUAUGUUCCAUUGUAUUUAAUAUUUUUUAAUCCACAGUAAAUCACUUGUAUUUUCUCACUUUAUCCUUAAGCUCAGUACUAUACUUAAACUGUACACCAUGCAAAUUAGUGCCUAUAUGAUACUUCUAUUGUUAAGAAUAUGUUUUCUUUAGAAUGUUUGAAACCAAUUAUCCUUAAAGAUUGUAAGUGUGCAAUCUUUGUAAAAAGUUUAUUCAAUUCCAAAGAAUUCUAGUCAAAAGUUAGUGCCAUAUAUAAUGUUUCUUUUUGUUUCAUAAAAUAAAU